GGUUGCUGGAUGCUCAGUCAGAGCUGCUGCAGAGUCACUGACAUCCUGACAGAGGAAAAAGAAGAACACGGCGUCUGUUUCAGCGCCUCAGUAGGAUCAUCUGGAUGAUGAACAGGAUUGGCGUCCCCUCGGGGCAGGAGCUCACGGAUGAAGAAAAAGAGCUCAUCAACAGCGUUCUGGCUCGAGCAGCCAUGAUGGAGGUCAUGGAACAAGAGAGGAUUGACCGUCUCUCCAAUCACUUGGACGAUAUCAAGAAGACAGCCCUUGGUGAUGGUCAGUCACACUGUCUGCUGUGUGGGGCGUCAUUCGGACCACAGGGAGUCACAGCUGUUCUCUGUGUGCAGUGCAACAAGUACAUGUGUAGCAAAUGUGGGAUCUGGAGCAACAGCAGGACUUGCCCCAUGUGGCUGUGCAGAAUCUGCAAAGAACAUCAAGAGCUCCACAAACGUUCAGGCGCGUGGUUCUUUAAGGGCAGAGAGCAGCAGGGGCUGCCUGCCCCCCUCCCCCUGUCCACACCUCCACACUCUGCUCCUUCAGCAAACCCUGACACACCACAGCAACCGACCACACUUCAUCAUCCAAGACAGCAGCAGCAGCAGCAGCAGCAGCAGCAGCAGCAGCAGCAGCAGCAGUCCUGUGGAUCAGAACAAUGGGAGCAGACGGCAAGAACAACAGCUGACGGCUGUAAUGAGAGUCAGACACGUCCAGCAGCUGUGAUGAAGACAGACGCACAUGUGUCUGCCUCCAAACCACUGGGUCCAAACGCACAGUGGGCCCCCUUGCCCUCAGAUGUGGUGAACACACAUUCAGAGAGGGAAGACACGGUGUCGCCUCCUGUGGUGGAACCUGGUAUCUCUGCUUCCAUUUGGUGUCAUCUUCCCGCAGCCAGGACCUCUGCACCUGACGCAGCUGCCAACAGUCCCGUAUCCCCGAGAACAACACCUGAUCCAAGAGAGGAAGAAGACGAUGACUACGACUCGGACGACGCCACUACUCUGGGAUCUCUGGAGUUCAGUCUUCUUUACGAACAGCAGAACCACACCCUACACUGCUGCAUCAUUAAAGCCAAGGGUUUGAAGCCCAUGGACUCAAAUGGACUUGCUGACCCAUAUGUGAAGCUGCACUUGUUACCUGGAGCCAGUAAGUCCAACAAGCUUCGCACCAAGACUCUGAAACACACUCUGAAUCCUGUGUGGAAUGAGACACUGAUCUACCACGGCAUCACCGACGAAGAAAUGUCGCGCAAAAGUCUUCGCCUGUCAGUGAGUGAUGAGGACACGUUUGGACACAAUGAAUUCAUAGGAGAGACACGAGUCGCUCUGAAGAAAGUGACGUUCAACCAGAAGAAGAACUUCAGUGUGUGUUUGGAGAGAGUCAUCCCGGUAAAGAAGGCUGUCGGAGGCUCGGCCCGUGGCAUGGCUCUCUAUGAGGAUGAUCUGAAUGAAGGUGAGGAUUCUGGGGAAAGAGGUCGUAUCCUGGUGUCACUGAUGUACAGCAGUCAGCAGGGUCGUCUCAUAGUGGGCGUGGUCCGCUGUGCUCACCUGGCUGCCAUGGACUCCAACGGUUACUCAGAUCCCUUCGUCAAAGUAUAUCUGAAGCCAGACAUGGGAAAGAAAGCUAAAAACAAGACACAGACAAGAAAGAAGACCCUCAAUCCAGAGUUUAAUGAGGAGUUCAGCUAUGAAAUAAAACCCGCUGACCUCGCCAAGAAAACCCUGCAAAUCUCGGUCUGGGACUAUGACAUGGGCAAGUCAAAUGAUUUCAUUGGAGGAUGUCAGCUGGGCAUCCAGGCUAAAGGAGAGUGUCUGAAGCACUGGUACGAAUGCCUGAAGAACAAAGACAAGAAGAUUGAGUGCUGGCAUAUCCUGCUGAAUGACAGCAGUGUUCAUUUUGAGGAUUAAAUCUCCUCUCCCGUGUAUUUGCUGCCUCUCCUUUUCUCCCCGUCUGUGAGCAAAGGUAGAGCGAUUUUAUCCUCUUGCUUUUGUGUGGAAAACUUGUGACGUACAAGCUGCAGCAGUUUACAGGUGAUGGAUGUGGAUAUUUAAUCCUGGAGCUCGUUCAAAGACCACAAAACCAAACUGAUAUCGCAGCAUAAGAUGUGUUAAGUUAGGAUCAUAAUCACGUCACCAAAGUUUAUCUCACAUUUCGAAACAGGCAGUUGUUUGUGUAUUGAUCAGUUUUUGGUGGUGAUUGGUGUGACCGCCCCUGUAAGUGCUCCAUUCACCAGAACCUCGCUGUGAAUAAUGAUAAUAAUGAUAAUGCAUCAUGUGAAAUAUUGAAUGCAGCUCGGUUGUUAAUUUCAUGUAAACUAUCUCUGUCUCUUGUUGUUUUUGUGCUACGAUGAUACAGAUCAAAUCAAACUCGUGUAUUCUGCUCUGUGACCGUUCGCUCCUGUGCACGUGUGCAACUCAGACCCCGAGAAUAAAAUCUUAAUUUUAUGAGAUUAAAGUCGUGCGAAUAAAGUCUUAAUUACAAUAACUGUUUACUCCAUUAAAUUGCUAAUCUACAGGUUUUUUUGAGCUGUAGAAUUCCCUUCUGAAACUUUUCUUGGGUGCUUGUGUUUUAGUCAUUCUCUACCACAAGGUUGGUGUUUUAUGCCAUUUAUAUUUAUCUUAAAUAUAAAUGGUAUAAAUUAUUAAAAAUUGAUUUAUACAAACACUGUAAUACUGAGAAACUCUGAAAGAGUGGUGUGGAGCUGAUAGAAUGAAUCAGCAAACAUUUUGUUGUUAUAUAAAUGUAUACACUGCAGUUUUAAAAAGAUGAGCAUAGCAUAUGUAGCCUACAUAUAUAAUAAAUAAUGUUUAUGUUGAGUCUCUUGGGAAUAGGUUUAAACUCUUGUUGCAUAUCUCACUGCCCCUUUAACAGUGUUAUAUAUAUAUAUUAUGUGAAGGCGU